AUGAAGCGGAUUCAGAGAGGCCCGGUGAGAGGUAUCUCCAUCAAGCUGCAGGAGGAGGAGAGAGAGAGGAGAGACAAUUACGUCCCUGAGGUCUCAGCCCUGGAUCAGGAAAUCAUUGAAGUAGAUCCUGACACUAAGGAAAUGCUGAAGCUCUUGGACUUUGGCAGUCUGUCCAACCUGCAGGUCACUCAGCCUGCAGUUGGGAUGAACUUUGAAACACCACGUGGAGCUGUUUGA